CCUGGAUUCAGUUACUGAAAUCAUGAAUCCUGUGUAUAGCCCUGGAUCUUCUGGGGUUCCCUAUGCAAAUGCCAAAGGAAUUGGUUAUCCAGCUGGCUUCCCAAUGGGCUAUGCAGCAGCUGCUCCUGCCUAUUCCCCUAAUAUGUAUCCUGGAGCAAAUCCUACCUUCCAAACAGGUUAUACACCAGGCACCCCAUAUAAAGUAUCUUGUUCACCCACUAGUGGUGCAGUGCCACCAUAUUCUUCAUCACCAAAUCCCUAUCAGACUGCUGUGUACCCAGUUCGAAGUGCCUAUCCACAGCAGAAUCCAUAUGCACAGCAAGGCACUUAUUACACACAGCCUUUAUAUGCAGCACCACCCCACGUAAUUCACCACACCACAGUUGUGCAGCCUAACGGCAUGCCAGCAACUAUGUAUCCUGCUCCAAUUCCGCCACCAAGAGGGAACGGUGUGACUAUGGGGAUGGUGGCUGGGACUACUAUGGCAAUGUCAGCAGGUACUUUGUUGACAACUCAUUCCCCAACUCCAGUAGCCCCUCAUCCAGUUACUAUGCCCACAUAUCGGGCUCCAGGAACACCAACCUAUAGUUAUGUGCCCCCACAGUGGUGAUCAUCCUGGCAGUCAGUGUUUGAAGAUGGGAGAUAUGCAAUCAAGAAAUUGAGGUUUAAAAGUUGGUGCUGAAGCCCUCAUGCCUCCAACCAGGACUUUUCUUCUGAAUGCUUUCAACACUUGGCUAAACACUACUAAUUCCUGAUCACUGAAGAUUUUCCAGUGCUGCAUAUCUUACAUCUUGGAACUCCAGCAGUUAGUCUUAAAGCAAAUCCUGUUUUGUGGACUGUCUUGCAAUUUUUUAGCUAAUUAUAAUGAUAAAAAGGGAGUAUAAAUUUAUUCUGAUCCAUAUCUAGUGGAAUGCAUGUUAAAACACAAAAACAAAGCUUGCUCAAUCUACCUGCAGUGACUGAUGCAAAAACCAUCAUAUGCAAAUCCAAAGGAACAGAAAAGUAUUUUACAACUUGUAUCACUAAUGCACUGCUGUAAUGUAUGCAGGGUCUUAAAAGGUAGAAUCAUGAAAGUGAGUUUCUUUAUAAAAUACCAUAAUAUACAUUAGAUAAGUGCUUCAGCCUUUUUCAGGUUGAUGGAGUUGCCAGUUUAAAAGGGGCAUAUUUUUAUUUAAGUGAUGUAUUCUUUUCAAAUUCAACUACUAAAUUGGAGUGACUGGAAAAUGAGUCAGACAAGCUGUAGAAAUCCCGCACACAAUUAGUUUACUUCAUACCUUUUCGUUUUCAUUAUAUGGAUUCAGUGUUAUACAGAUGUUCUUAAGGAUCAGAAUGAAAUGGCAAAGGUAAUGCUGUGUGUGCCAGUAAAUAAAGCAAACUUCCUUGAGGCAAAACUGGCUCUUAGGAAUAGUAGGAGGUGACAUCACCUGCAAAAUGAAUUGCAUGUCCUGGGGAAAUACAUAUCCAGUACUAUCUUUCAUAUGAUGCAAGAUGUGUCAAAGUGAGACUGCCACACAGACUGAUCGAAAAACACUUUCUUUUAGUUCUCAGUUCAGGAAAUCCGUGCUGUUUUUCCUAAAGAAUGUUGUAGUCAGUUGAAAAUGUUAUGUGCAGUUGAUCCAACUUGCUUUCCUGAAACUUAAGAAAUGCUAGGGCUUUCUACAACAAACAGGAGGAGUUCAGCUGCAUGUUAUUCUGAGGAAAGCUUGUGUGCCUGAUAAGUAUGUUAAAGGGGAACAAAUCAUUUUAACACAAUUUCCUUAUUAGCUACUUGCAGUAUGAACUAUGGAUAUGCUGUAGUAGGGCUGCCAGAAUAUAGAGGUUUCAAAUAGUUGGGGUUUUUUUUCCUGAAAAUAUUUGUAAUUGAAGUAGGAGCCAUUUGUUGGUUACAGCAUUUUGAUGUGUUUUCUUAGUAUUUUCUUUUUUUACUUCCUAAAUUGCACUUGGAAUCACAUAAAAUAAGACUGACUGCAGAUUAGCAUUUCAUUGCAAUGAGUCAUUUCUGAUAUUCUUUCUUGCAACUUCAAUUUUUAAAAAGUACCUCAAAGCAAAUGCUGUGGGGAUAAAGGGCUAGCCUUAGAACCCAUUUGUAUAUCAAAAUUGUUAUGGGGGAGAUUUUAAAUUUUUAAAUUUGAAUAUUGCACAUAAAAUCAAGGUUUUUCUUAAACCUGCUUGACUUACGACUCCAGAAAGAUGCGAUUUUCUUUUUUUUUUUUUUUGAUACAUUCUGCCUGCAAUAAAUUAUGCAGUAAAUGGUUAUAAAAUGUUGUUCCCUUUUAAGUGUUUACACAGAGGUAUAUCAGGCUGUAUUGUUCUUGUAGGUUAAUUUCCAUUCAGAAGUAAAUUUUUUUAAGUUGUAUAUCUAGUUACGCUUUGUUUUGGGGUGUUCUGCUUCUAUACAGAUUUGGCAGCUACUUCAGGGUAGCAUCAGUGCUGAUUUAAUGCUGCCAUUCCAGUACUCUGCCCUGGCAGGAGGCUUAUGUUCCUUCAUAACCCAUUGGUGGUUAGAGCCUUCAGCAACUUUAUUUUUUUGCACUGUGCACUGUCCAUAUAUUUUACUCCCCCCCCCCUCUUUUUUUUU